AUGAAUAUGUAAUGCACAAUAAGCAAGGAGAUUCUGCGAUGUGAGACACCUUCGACAGAUGAAACAAAUUAUGAUAUCAUAGAAUAAUAAUGCUAUUUGACAUAAAUAAUUGAAUUAAUAUUUGUGGAGAACUAUACGUACAAAGAAUUGCAGUAGUACUUUACUUACACAUUCUAAUAAAUAGAAUAAUAUGAUUUCUUUUUCGACUAAAUAUACAAAUCGGUUAGGAUUUACAUGGAAAAAAUUCUUUAACAUAUUAAGUAAUUUUCUUAAAUUACAAAACCUAUUGAUAUCAAACAUCUUAAAGAUUAUGUCACCAUAAUUAGAGAGCUGGAAAAAUCUUAUAAGGUAACUUAGUUAAAGCAUAAAGAAUUGCAAGAGGUAGUGAAAUCAUUUUCACACAAAGAAAAAAUUUCUUAAUCAAUUCAUUGUUUGAGACUCAUGAAAUACUCAUUUACCAAUAUAGUUUUGAGGAACAAAGAAGUGAAUGACUUUUUGAUUUCAUUGAAGUAAGUAUUAGAUAAAAAGUUCUAUUCACAAACUCAAAUAUAUUCUAAAACAAAGGAGCGAUUAUAGUUAUUUAUAUAGCUUCUCAAUGAAAAAUAGUAAGAUUGCUUAAGCUAUUAUGACGAUACAAAACAAUAGAGACCCUCUAUCACAAUAAGUACCACCAAUAAUAACGAAAAUGCGCCUUUAAUUGUUCAAAAUAGUAAUUUGGUAGGAAAGAAAGGUUAGUAGGAAAGCAACACCAAACUUAAUGAAUAUAAAAAAUUUGAAUAAAACCUAGAAGAAUACUUUUAGGCAAAAGCAAAUAUUGAAAAAAAGGAAAUAAAUGUGUCUUAAGAAUGGAUAAAUAGAUUAAAACAAAAAACCAAAAAAAAAUGA